AUGGCAGCCCUCCUUUCUUUGCUAGGUGCUUCUGCCCUCAUCACCUCCACUGCUGCUCACCCAGUCAACCGACAAGCAUCAAUAUGGCAAGGGCUGAGCUCGAAAAUCACCCAUGUGGUAUACCUGAUGAUGGAGAACCACUCCUUCGACAACAUCGCCGGGUACUGGGACUUCAACGACAUUGACAACUUGCGCAAUAUCACCUUCUGCAACGAGUUUACCAACCCAAACUGGACAGUCUGGGACGAGCCGUUGAUGAUCUGCGCCAGUAAGUACGAGGCUGAAGUUCCUCUCAAAGACCCCGACCACAAUUUUGCGGGCGUCAGUUACGAGAUCUACCGCAAAUGGCAGCCCACAGCAGACGACGUCCCUACGAUGUCGGGAUUCAUUGAGAGACAGUCCGAAAAGUACAACGCAACGCCAGGAGAUUCCUCCUUUGUGAUCAAGGCUUACGACCCAACUAUGGCUACGACUCUUUCUACAUUGGCCCAAAACUAUGCGUUCUGGGACACCUAUUUCGCAGAGCACCCUGGGCCCACCAACCCCAAUAGACAAUUCGCGACCUCUGGAUCGACUUGCGGCUAUGUGGAUAACACUGACCAGUCCGCGGGCUUUUUCAGCAACACCACGGGCACGGACUGUGUAGUCUCCAUCUUUGAAUCCCUAUCCAACAAGAACAUUUCCUGGAAGAACUACUACGAAACCGACAUUAUCGACGCAUAUAUGUACAAGUGGGUCCAAGACAAUGCUAUGGAUCGACUCGUGCAUGCAGAUCAAUUUUACAAAGAUCUCGCCAACAACGAGCUGCCCCAGUUCUCCUACAUCAACCCGGAAUGCUGCACGAUCGACUCUAUGCACCCCACCAGCAACAUGGCGGCCGGAGAAUUGAUGAUCAAGCACCUGUAUGACGCUCUUCGCAAUUCCUCGUACUGGGACAAUCUGCUGCUCAUUGUUAACUUCGACGAACACGGGGGCUUCGCCGACCACGUCCCUCCUCCCGCAGGGGUGCCCGCGCCGGAGGAUGGCAUCACCUUCUCAGGCCUGUCGGAUGGACACAACGUCACGUACGACUUCACGCGCCUGGGCGUGCGCGUGCCGGCGAUCGCCAUCUCGCCGUGGAUCCCGCCCAACACGCUCGUCCACGACCAGGGCACCAUGUACGCCGAGAACUCGGCCUACACGCACUCGUCGAUCUUGCAUUUCCUGCAGGAACUGUGGGGGCUAGAGGGCAUGAACAAUCGCGUCCAGUGGGCCAAGACGUUCGAGCACAUCUUUGCCGACACCCCGCAGGAGGGCGGCGGCUUGGAGAGCCUGCCCAGUCCUGUGUGGCAUGGUGGCUUCGGCAAGCCCGAGCCCGAGGCCUUCUAUUUGCUGAACCAGGAUGAGAGCUACUACGCGAGUUUGAACGAUUAA